AUGCUCAAACGACCCGUGCCCAGAAGUCAGGACGACGACAGAUCAGCGAAGCGUACAAAGACACAGACAUCACUAUGGAAAACAGCAUUCGAACGCGGCAGGACAUGCUUUGCUGAUGCACUUUAUGAGGACGCCAUUGCUGAAUUCUCGUCUGCGAUCGACUGUAACCAGAAUAUUACACUGUAUGAUUGUCGUGCAGCAGCCUUUGAGAAAGUUGGCCAGUAUGCCAAAGCAUUGGAGGAUGCUAUGACCAUGAUAAAAAUGGCUCCCGACCAAUCGAAAGGAUAUCUUCGCGCAGGCAAAGUUCUUGUGAUUCAGGAACGAUUUUCCAAGGCGAUCGCAGUGUACAACCGUGCUCUAAAAUAUGUCAACAAAUCCGAUUCUCGAUAUGCAAUGUUGGAGACAAUGCGGGAACGUGCAAAGACAUCAAUGAAGCAGCGUAGCAAGGAGAAUGAUUUCACAAAGAUACUUCCAUACGACAUUCUUCACACCAUCUUUGCUCAAGUAUCGUUUGAUCGACGUAUCCAAUGCAUGGCAGUUUGUCAAUCCUGGCGUAAUUUCCUCAAAUCUUGGUUUGGCAUGUGGUGUCGUCUCCAUUUCACAUCAGCCAUGUCAGUCUAUGCGAUCAAACAAUAUAUGAGUUACACGACCGGCAGAUAUGUACGGCAGCUAUGCAUUACAGGCCAAAAGAAAUCAAGAAUGAACACCAUAUUGCAAUUGGGUAUUGAUCGUGAUUGCCAUUAUAUUCAAAACCUUGAAAUCGUGGAUUGUCAAAUUCCCGUAACACUGUUUUUGCGAUUUUUACGAUUGAUGGGCAAGGAAUUACGGUCCCUAAAGCUGGUUGAUACGGGCUUAUCUCUCAAUGUUGUCGUCGAACAUGUGUUCCCGUUGUGUCCUGGAAUUACACAGCUCAUUUACCACGACGCACAUCCAUCAGAAGGAAUCCAGCUCGACAAACAGCUUGCCCUCACGCAUCUAAGUCUUUCAGGUCCUUCCAAUGAGAUACAGAAACACAUGAUACGCCAUUGUCCGCAAUUGAUUUGCUUAUCACUCUAUUCAUCACAACAUGACGACAUUUUAACGCUGGCGUUGAGGGAUUGUCCAAAUCUCAUCGAAUUCAGCAUUGCGAAGCGAACGGAGUAUUGGGAGACUCGUGAUGAGAACAAGCCAUCAAAAGGAUUACAGCAACUUGCAUUUCCAAGCCAUAGUGAGGUUUCAGAGAGAUCAUUGAUUUCUGCCAUCGAGGUGCAUCAUGGCACUUUGGAGGUGAUCGACAUUCGUGGGUGUUACAGCUGGUCGACUAGUGCAACAAGUCGACUGAUAUCACGUCCACUGAAGCGAUUACGAGAACUUUAUAUUCAAUCCACAGCGGCAUUUUCGGAAACCCAGUUAUGUGAAUUGAUAAGAAACACAACAACUCUUGAAACGGUGCACAUGCAAUCCAUGCCAUCGGUGACUAAUGCGGUGUUAGAAGCGCUGGCUGAACAACCAUUCCUGCGCAGGAUCGAUCUAUCCAAUUGUCCCAAUGUUACUGGGUUGGGCAUCCGCCAACUAUUGCAUGACAAGCGUAUGAUACGACGACUGGUGAUCAAUAACUGCAGCAAUAUUCGACCCGAUGCUGUGUCUUUGGCUCGUGAAAAGCUCGGACGUAACGCAGUGGAAUUCAAAUUCGAAUAG